AUGUCGAAUCAAGUUCAAGUUUCGCUCAAAGAAGAACAAGAUAGACUAUGGAAAUUGUUUCAUUCUCACAGAAAUGAAAUGAUUGUGACGAAGUUCGGAAGAAAAAUGUUUCCAAAAUUGGACUACGUGAUUCGAGGACUAAAUCAGAACAAGCUUUAUGCAAUGAUGCUUCAUAUCGAGCAGUCGGAUGAUUGCCGAUACAAAUUUAGUAGUGGAGAAUGGAUGAAAUCUGGAAAAGCUGAACAACACAAAGAACCAAAGAAGCUGUGGCAUCCAGAUGGUGUGAGAAGUGGAAAAGACUGGAUGGCCAAUCCAAUCUGUUUCGACAGUGUCAAGAUUACAAACAUCGUUGAUUCCUCGAAUGCUUCUAUGAUCUUCCUUCAUUCAAUGCAUAUAUACACGCCCGUGCUUUCUGUUUACGAGAGCCAAUCCGAGACUCCAAUGGGAAUCCCUCAACCAUCGACUCGUCUCGUCACUUCAGUACGACUGGACUACACAGAAUUCAUAGCUGUCACUGCAUACCAGAAUGAUGCUUUGAUCAAGCUUAAGAUUCAAUUCAAUCCAUUUGCCAAAGGGUUCAGAGAAGGAAAUCAAGGAGACCGGAAGAGAAGUUCUCCGUCUGCAGAUGACUCAACUACAGAUGAAAGUUCUUCUUAA